AUGCCACUAAAUAAUAGUUUGCUGAUAACACAUACAAUAAACGGAAAGAAACAAGAUGAUGAAAUGGAAAAGCAGAAAGCCAGGCUCAGUUGGGAUUUAUCAAUGGGCGAAUUAGAUCGCUUCUUUGAACAAGUUAGGCGUUUGAAUCCACGACAAAUUAUUCCAGACGAGAAUAUCGAAUUCAUCGAUGACGAUAUGCCGCAGCACACAUCAACUUUUACACAACCGUCUACAAGAAGUGUUCCAUAUGAGCGGAUUAUCCCUAUCAAACUGAUCGGUCAAAAAUCAACAAUUCUGAAAGCACCAGCAACUCUAAAAGAUUGGAAUUCAUCGGAAACACCUAUAAUUAAACGAUAUGUCUAUGAUCCGGGAACGAUGACACAUAGAGAAUACGUGAUGAAGUUACAAAAAGACGGAAAGCUAUCAGCUGGGGAAUAUGCCAAUAUUCAGAAUUUUGACACGAUGAUACAAGUACAUAAAGCGCAUGAGACACUGAUCAAUGAUGUUCCACUAGAAAAUCGAGGUAUAAAGAAAGGACAGUUGUCAUCAGAUGGAAAUGCAUUAGCAUAUGUGCACAUGAGGAGUACUCCACCACCGGAAUACAGCACUGAAGCGCUGGCUGUUCUCCAUCAACCUACAGAUGAUGACGAAGCGAGAAAAGCAAGAAUUGAAAAACGACUGUCAACAGUGAUCGACAUGGAAUCACAGCAAAGGGCGCAUUCUCAAUAUUCAAAAUCGGCAGUUCAACGGCAAAUUGCUAGACGUACAUCCAGUGGAUCGGAACAUUCCAAAAGUUGUGGUGUGUCACCGCAACAGCAACAGUCACCAAAACGGCAAAUCAGGCAAACGGAACAAAUAAUCCAGAGAUUGGAAGAUGGCAUUCUAAGCACAAGAAAUGUCACUGAAAACAGAGCUUGUCAACGAUUGAACGAUCAAGAGUAUAGAAAUUAUGUGAAAACACCGGAAAUGAAAAGAUCUAAAUCACCGAUUCUGCUACGAUUAUUGACGAGCAAGAAGAAACGAUGUCCUUCUACAAGUUCCGCACAGGAACAGGUAGACAAUAGCUUUGAGCAACCACGAGCGUUGGAAACUAAUUCUGGUCAAAGCUUACAGUCGCCAUUAAGAAGUUAUGGACGAUUGGUACAUGACGAUGAGAUAGAGGAGCAACCCCAGGAUGGAACCAUUCAUUUAUCCGAGGAAAGUCCAACAACAGCAACAGUUUCACGGCAAAAACUUCAUACAGAAAAAGCUGGGAUUGGAAUGAAGUCUGGUUACCGUGCUAAUGAACGUGAUGAAUUGCUUGAUGUUAAGCAACUGAGUCUCGAAGAAGGCCUUACACCACAUCCAUACAAAACUGACCCCUGCAUAGCAGUAGCAGUCGUAAAUCGUAGAAAGGAUUGUUGGGCUGAGCGUAAAAUGAAACUUUUGAAGUUACUCUGUUUCGUUUUUUGCCCAAUUAUUUGUGCUAUUGCCGCCGCUGUUGUACUUUUCAUGCUUCUAUUCGUUCUCUGA